AUGUCACAACAAGAAACACUUCUUUUUAUUAACAAAGAGGACGUUUUUAAACUCGGCGAUUUAAAACGGACUAUGGCCAAAGUCAAAGAAGCAAUGCUUGUCUUAGAAUCUGGAGAAUACUUAAUGCCAGAACGUUUAUCAGCCACUUACAAAGAGCGCACUGUCCUCUCCAUGCCCGCUUUGACUAAUACAGCAUCUGGAACAAAAUUGCUAACAGUGACGCCUUCUAACAUCAAACUUGGUCUUCCAAGCAUAUUUGGAUUAAUGACAGUCAAUGACUUCACCACUGGAAAGCCACUUGCAAUUAUCGACGGAAGUGCUUUGACGUCUUUAAGAACUGGUGCGGUUGGCGGACUUGCAGUGGACUAUCUAGCUCCAAAAAAUGCAAAGAGUGUUGGUAUUGCUGGGUGUGGUGCUCAAGGCUUUUACCAACUUAUUUACACAUGUUGUGUAAGACCCAUUGAAAGGGUCUAUUUGUAUGACGCAUAUGCAAAAGACUUGACAAACUUCAUUGAAAGAGUGAAGAAGGCACUUUGUGAGUACAAAAUAGAAGAGAAAAUCACUUUUGUGGUGUGCAAAGAUACAAAGGAACUCAUUUCACAGUCCGAAAUAGUUAUCACUGCAACGACUUCAAACACUCCAAUAUUCGAUAACGACAAGACUCUCUUUCAUGGAAAGACUAUAAUCGGCGUUGGAUCGUAUCAACCAACGUGCAGAGAAUUUCCUGACGCAAUAUUUGGAGAAGACACCGCUGUUUUUAUUGAACUACCUUUUGCAAAGGAAGAGACUGGGGACUUGGCAAUUCCAAUUGAGAAUGGACUCAUAAAAACUGAGGACAUACACUUACUCGUUGAACUCGACAAAAAGCCAGAACUCAUGAAGAAAACAAACUUCUUUAAAACAGUUGGCAUGGCCUUGUAUGACAUUGUUGUUGCAAACGAUUUAUAUAUUGUGGCCAAAGAGAAGAAUGCUGGACAAGUUGUUAAACUAUAA